AUGGCCAAAUUCUGUUCUAGGUGCAAGACUGCAGGUAGCGAUCACACAAUUCGGAAUUGCUCUGCAUCAGAGUGGCCGCCUUGGAACGAUCAAUGGUGCGAUCGAUGCGCAAAUUCAAGCCAUGAAGCAAGUCAAUGUACUGUACAGCAGGGCAUAUUUUUCUGCGGGAAGUGUGGUCACGAAGGUCAUCACUAUGCCAAGAACUGCGGCCUGAAUCCCCAUGUACCUUCUGAUCUGAACCAAUACACCAAGUUGAAGCGCAACGAAGUCGUGAUAAGACAAGACGAGGCCUCGAAGAAGCGUGCUUCCGCUGCAUCUAACCAGACUACAAAGCCCUCUUCCUCUGCCUCUGCCGGUCCAAGUUCUCGGAAUACUAGACCGAGCAAGAUACUGACCCAUCGUGGCCCUCCCCCCAAAUCUGGUGCAAAACCAUCCUCAUCUGCUUCUAAAGGCUCUGGUUUGACCCAGCAACCCCCCACGGAGCUCAAAGAGCUGAGAAUGAAGAAGGUCGACAAUUUCGAACCUCCAGAAGUUAAGCAAGAAAACCAAGAGAAAGCUGAGUGGGCCAAGUCUAAUCACAUUCUUGCCGCGUCGCAAUCAUCUCCUGCAGCCAAACAUGGAGACAUUAGAGCCAACUUUUUCAGGGUUGACAUGCUCGCGGACGUCGACAUCCGGCUGUACAGAAUUGUGUUGGGCCAGAUUCAAGGAAGGACUGUCACCAAUCAUUAUGCUAAGAGAGCCUUAAUCGAUGAGAUUCUAUCUCAAUACACACCGCAUGCUCAAAUAUGGGUUACUGACUACUCCCACUACGUUGUAUCUGUAGGGCAGCUCUACAAUGAUUCUACUCUUCCCGAUGUAGUGGGUACGGUAUUUGAGGCGCCGCAUAACCGAUACUCAGGGACUGGGACUGUGAUAGACCAGAUCACCAGCUUCAUCAUUUAUGAACGCCAUCUUGACUUCAAUGCACUACGAAAUUGGGUCAACCCUACAGUCCUAAUUCCUGCAGGCAAUACCUAUCUUCCAGAUGAAGAUCUGAAGUUGCUCAACAUUCUCUCCUGGAAGCAUAUUUAUGAUCGUGCUCAACCACAUGGACAAUUCAAAUUUGUGGGGAACAAGUUCUAUCCUGUCCCUGUUGCUAACAGCGAUCCGAGGUUUCUUGGCAACCAUGUCUAUCUCGUCCAGAAUGGGUUCUAUUCGUCCAUGAGACCAGGGAAUGGAUCACUUCUCCUCAAUGUCAAUGCUACAACCACUGCCUUCUACCCAUCGAUAACUGUCCAGGACUGGCUUAAUCGUAGGCUAGGAGCCGCCAACUCAAUGCCAACACCCAAACUACAGACUGAGCUCACAGGACUUAAAGUAAUCUUUGAUGGCGAUCCUCAGCAGAAGACUAGGGAGAUUACAGGCUUCAGCGCUCUUAACGUUGGCACACAGAUGUUCACACCUAACAACCGUCCCUCGAUCACGGUAUGCAAUUACAUGAGAAGCCAAUACUCAACCCCUCAGAGGGCUGGUCUUGUUUUCGCACCUGGUGUUUGUUGUGUCAACACGGGGUCAAGUGUUGCUAAUCAAGAGAUCUGGUACCCGGCCGAUCACUUGAAGAUUGUCGAGUGGCAACCAGUGAGAGUACUAAUAGAUGAUCCAGUAAUGUCAUCGCAAAUGAUUAGAUACGCGAAGAGGAACCCUUCAGAGAACCAGGCUAUGAUUCUCCAGCAUGCCCGUGAUCCCCUUGGGAUUGAGCUGGCCGGACAACCCCAGCAAAUGUACCAGAGUUUUGGCCUCGACAUAUCCCCUGCGUUCAUCACCACGGUAUCCCGGUACCUACCGCCGCCCGUUCUCUUGUUAAGAAAGCCUGGUCAACCUCCGUACGACAAAGAGUCGAUGCCCAUCAGUCGAGAAAAGGCUUCUUGGAAUUUGAAGCAGAUAAGCGAAAGGGCAGGUCGUUCAUUCCUGACAGCUAUCACGGAAGCGCCAAAUGCGCCUCUCAAUAUUCACAUCAUACGGGUUACCGAAUCUGGCAGAGGUGUCGAUACGCAGGGUUUUCCUGCUAGAAUCAGAGACGCAUUGGAGACAUAUGGUAUUUUCAUCAAUCAGGGACAGUUGCCAAUGGUUCAAGAUGUGGCCAAGAAUUUCAAUCUUAUCUCCCAAACACGAAGGCUAAACUUCAAAGGAGCCCUCGAUGCUGCUUAUAUGCAGUUAGGCAGCCCGUAUCUUGUCGUUGUAUUGUUACCAAACACAGAUACCACGACUUACUCUGAUGUCAAAUGGUGGGCAGAUUGCGACCGUGGUGUUGCGACAGUCUGUAUUGGUCCGAAAGGUUUGGGUACUGUUUCUGGAAGUCAAGGUGACCAGACAUUGGGAAAUUUGAGCAUGAAAGUCAAUUUCAAGCUUGGUGGGAUAAAUAUUGGCCCCAAUCUGGAAGACUUGGAGUCUACCUUAGGGGGAAGAACUAUGAUCGUAGGCGCCGAUGUCACUCAUCCUGGAAAAGGAGAUCGCAGCUGCCCAUCGCUAGCUGGAGUUGUCGCCACUUGUGAUCAGCAAGCAAUACACUAUCUUGCUUCUGCUCGGCUUCAGCCAAACAACACGGAAUAUAUUGCCAGUUUAGACGGCAUGAUGUUGGAGCGGCUUGCUGCCUAUCGCAGAUGGUCUGACCAAGGUCGAGAUAGUUUCCCUCAACAUAUUCUUUUCUAUCGCGAUGGUGUUAGUGAGAGUCAAUACGGCAUGAUCAGAGAUAGAGAGCUACCCCAGAUCGAGAGGGCUUUUGUGAUUGUGGGGAAACGCCAUCAUUCGCGAUUCUAUCGUUGGGACCCAAGAGAAACUACGAACCUCAAUGCGGGCUUGGUUGUCGAUCUAGAUGUCACCGCGCCGAAACAAUUCAAUUUCUAUCUCCAAAGCCAUGGAUCACCACUCGGCACAGCCCGUAGCGCCCACUACGUGGUCCUCGAAAAUGGAAUCGGUUACAAUGCCAACCAGCUGCAGAAGCUUACAAAUGACCUCUGUUACAUGGGCUCCCGCGCAACCAAGGGCCUUUCUGUCUGCACUCCUGCUCGAUAUGCCGAUCUCUUAUGCGGUCGUCUUAGGAUGUACAUGCGCCCUGUUAUUGAACGUGAUUUACAGGCGCCAAUUAACGCUGGCCUGCGCUGGUAUCGACAGCUUCCCCGGCUCUGGGAAGUUCCAAAUCCACAGGAUCUAGCCCAAGCCCAGAGGACUAAUCCUUGGCAUCCAAACCUCGACGACAUCAUGUUCUACUUAUGA